AUGCGUAUCAGCCUCGCAGACGAGCACGAGGAUAUUGUUUCCGCCAGGAUCUUCGCUCGUGAAUGCCAUUCAACCGGUUUUAGGGACUCCAAGGUGCAACUGUGUAUAGCGCAACUUGUGGAGCAAAGCUUGAAGACGGAGAAUUUAUCUCCAGUAGAGACCGAGAACAAUUAUCCGUGUGGUGCAUCUUUGGUCUCCUCACAUCAAGACCGAAUGCUGCCUCUUCGGGUUGCGACCUGGAUCCCAUUUUCGGAGUUUCAGGCCACAAUCCACCCGCAGGCAGAGAAGCCGGCAGUGGACAGCCCGAGACCGGAUACCAGAAUCCGCAUCUUUUCUCGUCUCUGCCACGACAUCAUUCGGGGAUCCGCUCGGGAUUUAGGACUCAUCUCACCGCUGGUCGGUUGGCCUCCCCACAAGAUGAAACCUGCGGUGCACGACUCGGCUCCGAGGAGAAUCCAGUCAAGACCUCAUUCGCUUGAAUGGGGAUGUAUAACGGAACAUGGUGAAUCCGUCACUUUGGAAGGUAGCCACGAUCGACUGCUCUGGACUCUGUCGAGUCUGGAAGGCCGAGAGUCCUGCUGUCGUGUCCCCAGCCCUAUCGUCACGAAUGACUCGGACAGACAGGACACAACCUACAUGGCCGAUGAACCCGCACGAGAGAAGGUGGCUUGGGGGUCUCGCUUGAAGCGGCAGCUCUAG